AUGGAAAUCAUACAAGAGCAAAAUUUAAUAUUUGCAAACUAUAACAAAAAUAAGAAUAAUGGAUUACUAUCGUCCUAUGUCAAGCCAACGCUAGACGAAAAUAACAAAUACAAGAGAGUAGCACAUUCGAUGAAUCCCAGCCUUAAAAAUAGCAAUAAUAGUCUCUCAACAUCGCCAAUCACCACUCCUCCACAAGAACAACAAUUAUCAUCAUCAAAUCCAACUUCAGACUAUGAAAAUGAUUCAUCUUCAGACAUUGAAUCUUCAUCUUCCAAACCCCAUGAUAAUGAUGAAAAGGAAAUUGGAUUGGUAGCAAAUAUAUUAUUAAAAAUAUCGUCAAAGGAGAUUACGAUUGUGUCGACUAGUAGUAGUACCAGUGCAACCAGUCUUGUCCCAAAUAAUGACUCGCCAGUACUUGCACCAGCCAAGUUGGCCGACAGCACCAACUGUGUUCCAUUUGGCGCUCUCAAUUUAGAUACAGAGAUGGGUAAUACCACGGCCACCGCAACCACAAGCACAGGAGGUAGCAGCGGAAGCCAAGGUAGCAGUCUCGCCUCCUCAACCUCAUCCACACCCGUCCUCAGUGCAUCGGCCACUGGUAUCAACCCCGUCGUUUCAACCACCACAGCUCCAGUUGUCACUACUACUACCACUACUACCACACCGACUUCUUUAACAUCAUCUUCAUCUUCUACACCAACAUCUAUAUCCGUUUCAGCAUCCAACUCGUCAUUGUCACUCAGUGCAUCGACCGACGCAGCCGACAAGAAAAAGAAACGUCAAAGAACCAGUCCAGAGCAACUCGCCAUUUUAGAGCAAAUCUUUGAGACUGACAAGAUGCCCUCGCAACAGAUCCGCCAUCGUUUGGCCAACCAGCUGGGCAUGUCGUCGAGACGUGUCCAAAUCUGGUUCCAAAACAAGCGUGCCAAGAAGCAACACAAGUCGCGUCCAACCUCACCCACCCAAUUCAAUUUCACUCCAGUCUCUUUUCCCUCAUCACCUUCUUCUUCCUCCUCCUCAUCCCCUGUCAUUGGCAGCAAUAUCAAGUUGAAUUCCAGUUCAAUUGGAAUCCCAACCUCUGUCUCUACCGCCUCUGCCUCUAGCUCUGCCUCAUCACCCAACAGCAAUUUUAAACAAUAUAAUUUUUCGUUUGAUCAUCAUACCACCACGGCCAACAACUCGCCUCCACCUCCAUCCUCUAAUGAACAAUACAAGGAGAUUCGUUUUCACAAUGUUACUUUAAAUCUUGGUAUCAAAAAGAGUCGUCCAGAGUGUCGUAGUAGGUGUAGUGCAGGAGUAUCCAUUUCAAUUUCCAGAAUAUAA